AUGCUGGUGGACAUGUUGAUGGUCUCUCCAGAGUCUGCUAGGGCUAAGAGAGUCCAGUGUCGCGGACUGUACGUACGCCUGCAAUGGGUACGUGAUAUAUAUGAGUGCCAAUGCCAGGCAGGUCAUUGGACAGCUGCGGCUCGCGCAUAUCUUCUUCACCUUCUGGGUUACACUCUGUUUGCUAACAAGAGUGCAACCAAUGUCCAUGUUGUCUACUUGGAGGCCCUUCGUGACCUCAGUAUGACGGAGAGGUACACUUGGGGAGUGGCUGCUUUGGUGCAUAUGUAUGACCAAUUGAACGAUGCAUCUAUGAGCCACAGCCGAUGGCUUGGCGGUUACAUCACACUGCUGCAGUGCUGGAUUUACGAGCACUUUCCGUCGGUCGCGGACUCCACUACUGAUCAGGAGUACGACGAGGAUUCUCUGCGUGUGUGUAAGUGA